AGACAACAGUCUCUUGACGCAGGAGGCGUUUUGUUUGUACCCUCUGUGCUCUUUAAGUUUGUGCGUGUUGAAAACAUAUUAAAAUAAAUGAACAAUGAAAUAACCACGUGUUCAUCACCAGACGAAGCAGCCAGAAGUGCUUCACAGGGAAACUGAGAUGCGCACUUGUUGAAAAAGGACUUCUUGGAUCCCAUUGCUGAAAUGUGCUCCGUUCCCGGUGUUCCGACUCCAGGCUCUGAAGUCUCUGUGGUCAUCACCAGAGUGAACCUGAACCAGAACUGUGGCCUAGUGGAGUUAUGGGUCAAUUUAAACAACGAAAUCAAACAUGUCUAUGAUCAGAUGCGAGAGGACAUCCAGACUCCCAACAGAAAGUUCUACGGACCGGAAGGCAAAACCGGAGAUUUGUGCUUGGCAAACAUCGACGAGAAAUGGCACAGGGCUAGAAUUGUGUCCAUGCAAGAGGAGAACUAUAAUGUCUUUCUAAUUGAUCACGGACAGCCGCACAGCACACUUAGUGACAAGUUAGCAUGGGGUAAACAUGAGUGCUUCAUUCUCCCACCUGAAAUCGAAUGCUGCAUAAUAGCGAACAUCCUCUCCAUUGAAAAUAACUGGCCAGAAAGAGCGACUAACUUUCUUAAAUCUCUACCAGGCAAAGAAUUCCGAGGAUUGGUCCAACAUGCGUUAAUGCCAGAUAGGACGAUUUUGCUGGACCUACCGAUAAUUUCAAAGCAUUUGUGCAAGGAAGGGGUUGCCAAAAAGAUUCCAAGUGGAGAAUUUAAAAACUUGGUGUUAAAAUGUCUGAAUUUGCCGAAAGAAAAUGCAGUUGAGAUGAUCACAGAAAAGCAAAACCUGACUGUUAGCAACCAGCUUGGAAACGACAACCAAUACUUUUACCCCGAACUCAUGACAAAUACGUUAGAAUCUAUAAGAGUUACAGAAGUGAUUGAUCCAGGAAACAUAUUUUGUGAACUUACUAUAUACUCUAAGGCAGUUAAGAACCUGUCCGAACAAAUGGACAAAGAACUCAAAGCUAGCCUCGACGAAUCCCAACCUCAAACUAUUGGAAUGCCAUGUGCCGCUUUGGGAAUAGCUGGAAAAUGGCAACGUGCUGUUCUAAAGCAACAAAUAACUUCCAGGGUUGCAACUGUUGAGGUCUUUUUCGUGGAUGAGGGUAAAACUGAACUAGUCCAGGCUACAAAUGUUAAAAAACUAGAUUGGAAAUUUUUGAGGAUGCCUGUUGCAACGUAUAAUUGCAAAAUGGAAGGAGUAAAGAACAAUAAGCAAUGGGAGCAGAAAGAAAUUGAUUAUUUAAAGUCAUUAAUAUUGAACCAAAACAUCAUAGCUAGAUUUGAUUGUCAUAUUUUGCCAGAAGAUCAGUACAGUGUUAGUCUCUACACCCCCAGUGCAUCUUGCAUAAAUGAUUAUUUUUUGGAAAAGAAGGUAGAAGAAAUAAAAAGUGACACAAGACCAAAUAUCCCAUGCAAGCAGUUUCUAAGCAGUACUACUCGUGACGUCACAAGCCCAAGCUAUUUGCCAACUAGCUACAACUCGUCAUUCAGUCCUAUGGAGAUGCCACUUUGCGAUUUUCUAGCAGCUGGAGCUAGCGUUGGGGUCAGAAUCUCCUGCAUUGACAGCCUCGACAAGUUUUGGUGUCAGCUUUCUCGAUGCGACAAAAAGCUUGAUAUUCUAAUGAAAGAUUUGCAAGCCCAUUACGCAUCUGUUCACCCAAAACCGCUCGUCGAAUCGGUUUGCGUGACUCGAAAUCCUGACGACAACAUGUGGUACAGGGCCAAAAUCAUCACAAACCAACAAUCUCCAGAUGUUGAAGUACGACUUAUAGAUUUUGGUCAAACUAGAAAGGUCCCGUUGCGAGAACUGCGUCCAAUAGACCCAACUUUUCUUAGACUAGAUGCACAAGCUUUCCAAUGCUCCUUGAUCAAUGUUCCACCCACAGAUAUUAACUAUGCAAAUGAAGAAUUCCGCAAGUUUGUAAAUUCAAGUUUGGCUCAAGAUGGCGGGCUAAAUUGCGUCAUAAAAGCUGUUGUGUCCGAUGAAGAAGGGAUGUUGCUAAACCUGGUUGAUCUGCAAACACAAUCUGAAAGUGCAUCUCAAAUUAUAGCUGAAAAACUUGCGGCAAGACAUGUAGAGUUCAACCAUUCAGAUCACAAAAUUGAUGUGAAUUCAAAAGAAAAAAUAACCAUAAGCUAUUCUGAGACGGUUCAUAACUUCUACUGCCAACUUGAUCGAGAUUCACAACUGUUCCACCAAGUACAGAGUGAUAUUGAAAGACUAGUGGCCAAUUCUGUGUAUUCUGAGUACUCGUUUGCAGUCAAUGACCUCUGCAUUGCGAGAUACAGUGAUUCGAAGUGGCAAAGAGGACAAGUAGUAGAAAUAUCUCCAAAUUUAAAAGUGCAUUUUGUUGAUUUUGGCGAAACGCUUACUGUAAACAGAUCAGAGAUUCAACCAUUUACAUGUGAAGCAAGUGCCACAAGAACUACUCCAGUUUUGGCUGUUGCGCUUCAGUUGUUCAACAUCCCAGAAGAGAUCCCUCAGGAAGUCGAUGCUUGGUUUGCUAAAAAAGUUGUUGGCCAAAGUUUAACAAUGUCUGUAUUGGGAAAAGGACCAAAUGGGAAGCUUAUGGUUGAAUUAUUUGAUGGUUUGAAAAGUCUGAACGCGCAAGUGAGAGAAAAAAUCAUGAAUUUUGCUAAAGCAGAUGCUACUGACAAGCAGGAAGAGACAAUGGAUGUACCCAAUGGUGACGGGACAAAACAAAAUGGCAGACAAAAGUCACCAAUAAUGCAAAGUGAACAGUUUAAUAUUAUCAAUAAGCCAACGUCACCAUCUCAAAAUCUGCUCAGUAACUUUACAGCUGAGAAAAUGGAUGCCAACAUUGAACUUACGAGCGACAUGCAAACCGCUAAUCAAGAAAAGACCAAAUCGACACACGAUGAAAUUGCAACCUUGGAUAAAAGUCUAACUUAUAAAAAGCCAGUUAUAUCAUUUAAUAAGACCGAAGUGUUGUAUGCCUCCUCAAUUUCACGUCCGGAUUACUUUUGGUGUCAAUACAGCAACGCUGAUGAUUUGGACAAAGUCACUAGGAUUGCUCAAAUUGAAGGACAAGCCCCUCAAGAUCCUUUUUUUGCGCAUCUGCAACUUGUUGGAACCCCAUGCUUGGCUUUGUACAAAAGUGACAAUCAGUGGUAUCGGGCACAAGUUGUAGAAAAAAAAAGAGACGCAUUUUUAGUCGUGUUUAUCGACUACGGAAACGAAGAGGAUAUUGAUUACAAAGAUGUACGGCCAAUAUCUCCCAGUUUGCUUGAGAUGGCGCCUCAAGCCUUUUUGUGCACGUUGUAUGGAAUUCACGGAACGGAAGAGCUGUGGGAUGAUGCGCUUUACGACGACUUCUACAUUCUUCUCAAAGAUAAGCCGUUAAACGUAACGGUGCUAGACAUGGGCCAAAAUUUGGACGUCAAAAUGCCACAGUACAUGGUCCACAUAGAUGACGCUGACUUGCAUAAUCUAUUAAAAAAACAUGGAAUUGUACCUAAAAGCACAUCAAAAAAGAUCUACGAGCCAUCUCAGGAUUAUUUGACUCAUUUCUACAGUGAGCCAAAUAGUCUAGUAAAUAAAAAAGUAGAAGCGAUUGUGACUUCCAGUUCUGGACCUGCGCGCUUUUGGUGUCAGUAUAGCGAUUCAGAAAAGCUGAUUGAACUCAUUAAACUUAUUCCAAAAGGUGGUUUGGAGGAAGAGUUGUUAUUCUCUGAUGCUUUAUCUCCAGGAAGUCCAUGCCUUUCUUUGUCGUCUGAUGGGAACCAAUGGAACAGAGCACAAGUUAUCGAAAGACAACCGGGCAGAGUAAAAGUAGCUCUCGUCGACUAUGGCUAUGAAGAAGAACUCUGUAUUAAAGACACAAGACCUAUACCUCCAAGUUUAAGGAUAAUUCAACCUCAAGCGUUUUUGUGUCACAUGGAACAUUUUGAUAAGAAUGCAGUGUGGGACGACAAGCUUAACCAUCUGUUUCACAAAGCAAUGGCAGACAAGGUUUUUGAGCUAACGAUAGUAUCCGUGGAGUUCAAUGAAGAUGUUAAAAUCCCACAGUAUUCCAUUGAACUUGACGCUAGUUCUUUAGAGAAACUUAAAAAAAAAUUCUACAAGCAAAGUGGGGAGGAAGUAGGAAAUAUGCCUCAAAGUCCUACUCAGAUUCCCGUACUUCGGAAUACACUCAGGACCCCUGAACUUGAAAAAAAUACAACAGUGAGUGCAUAUGCAUUAUCUAUAUCGGGACCAGGUUACUUUUGGUGCCAGUUUUGUGACCGCAUACAGCUGGACGAAAUUAAAAAAAUGGCUAAAGACGAAGCAACAAUGCCAAGACGAGAUUGGAAUUUCGGGAAUAGACUCAUCCCCGGUGACACUUGUAUAGCGCUUUUCACUGACUGUUGCUGGUAUCGUGCUCAAAUUCUAAGCAAAACUGAAGACAAGUUUUCUGUUUUGUUUAUUGAUUAUGGAAACGAAGGUGAUGUUAUGAUCGCUAAUGUGCGUCCGAUUUCUCAAAGUUUGCUUAAAAUCCCUCCCCGAGCAUUUCUUUGCAGCUUGGGUGGGUUUGAGUACUCUAGAGGAGACUGGGAUGAUGCAUCUUAUAAUUAUUUGGACAAUUUCUUAACUGACAAGCUUCUUAAAGUGACCCCAAUUCGCAAAUGUAUAAACCAAAAUAACAAACUGCCCCAAUUUGUUGUUGACAUACAAUGCGGAACCAAGUCAGUUAAGGAGGUGAUGCAAAAGUAUUGGAAAGCGAAUAGCAAUGUGGACAAUGUUUUAACUGAACCAGCUAAAAAUGAGCAAGCUAAGUCAAAUCUUACCAAGAAAAUGACCUAUAAGAAUCCCAGUGUCACCCUGAACAAAACUGAGCUAGUCUAUGCUACCUGUAUAGAUGACCCGCAUUUUUUUUGGUGCCAGUUCGCCACUUGGGCCGAUCAGCCUAUUGAAAAAAUGGCGCAAGAAGCAGGACUAUCCCAACCGGUCCCCACAACUUUGAAUAAGGGAGAUUCAUGUUUGUCUCUGUUUUCAGAUGACAACCAAUGGUGCAGAGCAUUGGUCAAUGAGAAAAAUGAUGAAAAGUUCAAUGUAGUCUUUGUCGAUUAUGGAAACGAAACCGAUGAUGUAAUGAUUAAAGAUACAAGAAUCUUGCCACAAAAUCUACUUGAUGAACCUCCCCAGGCAUUUUUGUGCAUGCUAUAUGGAUUUGACCAAUCACAAGGAACAUGGGAUGACAAAGUAUAUGACAGUUUUUACAAUACGAUUCUGGACAAACUGCUAAAAGUGAAGAUUAUGACCGUGACAGAAAACUCAGACAUAGCGAUACCUCAGUAUGCAGUGCAGAUCGAGAUGGAAGGAGGGACAGAUGUGAAUAAGCUGAUGGAGAAGUACUGGAUAAAAUCGGCUUAUCAAACCCCAAAAGUCAGUGGAGCAGGAAGCUGCCAGGACUUCCAGUUGCUUGUUACUUAAGAGAUGUAAUAAGGUCAAGACCUGGGGACUUUUACAAGAUGGUUGAAAACUCCCACGACGCCAGGAGAAGAGACUACACUGUACUGAAUUUGAUUAAUGUAAAACAAAAAAACAAAAAAAGUUUGCUGUUCAGGAUACUGUAUGAUUUAUGUUAAACAUCACAAAAGUAGCUUGCUGCCAAUUACACCUCACAUAAUUGUCCUUUGUUACAUUUAUUUGUCAAAUUUAUGCUCCAAGCAUUAUUAAAGAUGCAUAUUUUAAAGAUGCAUUAGAUAUAUUAUCAUGUUCUGUGUGUAUUAUUAACCAUGCCAUUAUAUGAAUAAAUAAACCUCUGCUGAAUGGC